UCGCGUAUGUGUUUGUGUGCGCGUGUGACCGUAGGUUGUGAAGUUAUCGCCUUCUGUAUUUUCUGCUCACCCAACUUGUCGGACGGGAAAUCUGUUAGCGAAAGAUAUUUUGCUCGAAAAUAAGUUGAAAAUCCGUUCCAAAGUGUCCGAAAUGUGUUUUAGCGUGAAGUUUAAAUGUUCGGGAGUGCAGUGAACGUAAAUUUUCUGUGGUCAGUGCAUUGAUUCGGGUGGAAAAAUAGUGUUUUGCGUGGGCUCCUCUCGAUUGGAAGAAAAAUAAAAUCGAAAUCCCCCACGAGAGCCAGCCAGCCAGCAAGACAGCGCUGCUGGUGCUCGGCUGCUGCUGCAGUGUGUGGAUCGAAGAAAGAGUUCAAGAAUAAGCAAACGAAAAAAGCACCAUCACCGCAGAUACGACGGACGACGACGAGACGAUUGUUUGCCACGAAAAAAAGUACACCAUUUUGCCCAGCGGAAAUUUUUGUGCUAAAAGAAAAUGCAAAAUUGCAAGUGAUAAGCCUCGGCUGAUGGGGAGGGAGCUUGACGACAACACACGACGAUGAGUGCUGUUUUUUUAAUACAAUGCGAUAAAAUUUAAUAUUUGCCUGCCUUAUUUCGGGGUCUACCUAUUAAACCGUGUGGCACGGAUCGCGGAUCGUCGCAAGGCAGUAAGUGUGCAGGAAAAAAAAAAUAAGGUGGGCCGAAAUCGUCGUGGAGGGCGGCGGAUCGGAUGGAUGAUGGAAAAUGUGAUGAAACGAAGAAGGAGCGCCAUUACGGUGUCUGGGAUUUCGGUGGUGGCGUACUGAGACUGAGAAGCGCAGACGUACACUUUCUAGCAGCUAUACACGGUGUUAUCAUCCAGCCAUGUGAUCGCCAGGGUCGCAGGUCUACAACUCUCCGGAAUCAAAAGUGUGUGAUGAAACAAUAGAUAUCGGUUACAGUGCACAAAAAGUACCGAGCAUCUUUUGCAAGAAAAAAGCAGCUGAAAAAACAAUAAGCGGAACACAGUUCACAGUGACAAAUACAAGCAAAUAGAAAAGUGGCCAAACACUUGUGUGCCGUGUGCUUAGAGCCCCACAUAGAGCAGAAGAGUGCUAGCAGCAGGGGAAACCGUUAUUCAAAGUUCCGAAAAACAACAAAGUGGCAUUUUGCUGUGUGCAAACCGGGGCUGGCUGAAGGAAGAGAGGGUAAUAGGUAAACAGGUUGUUUUUGUUACGAAUGUGCAAAUAAUACGCGGCAAACGGCAAUCGCGAAACUGGAAGAACAACAGCUACGACGACGACAAUAACAACUCAUCGCCGUCCGUUUCGUAGCUCAUAUCGGGAGAAAGCGGCAAAGCAAACCAGCGAGCGCCGUUCCGUUCGUUCGUCAGUCAGUAGUACGCUGGAAGAGCGCACUGCAAUCCUAUUGGGAGUGCAUUAAGGGAAAACUUCCCGCCAGCGCAGGAGUACGCCGCUUUGCACCUUAAACGUGAAGAUUGUGAAAUUAUGUGGAUAUUAUUGUAAUGGUGAAUAGGUUAUUUGUACAGAUUAUAAAAAAAGUUAAUUAUUGUUUAAAUAAUCGAGUUGGUGCUACAGGAGAGCGUUACGCGCGGUGCUAAACAGUGGAGCAAGAUGGGGAUGGGAAUGUUUAACUACGACUACUGGGCCAACCCAGAGGAGCACACCGACAUUACGUUCUUUCUGCCAAACGGUGUGCUCAUCAUACUGAAAUAUUCAAUCUACACAACACUGCAGGAUCUUAAAGCGGUGGCGGAAAUCGUAUCCCUGCUGCAGGAGUGGCCCAUCCUGCCGGUGGAGCGUGCCCUCGAACUGCUCGACUACGCCUACGCCGACCAGUACGUACGACGGUAUGCCGUCAACUGCCUGCGCACCAUCCAGGACGACGAGCUACUGCUCUACCUGCUGCAGCUGGUCCAAGCCAUGAAACACGAAUCCUAUCUCUACAGCGAUCUGGUGGAUUUCCUGCUGCAGCGGUCGCUCAACAACCAGCACAUCGGGCACUUUUUCUUCUGGCACUUGCGGUCGGAAAUUCUGGUUCCCUCGGUGCAGGUGCGGUUCAGUCUUAUUCUGGAGGCGUACUUGAAGGGCAGCCAGGAGCAUAUAUCGAUCCUGUUGAAGCAGAUGCAGUGUUUGCGGAAGUUGCAGCAAGGAUCGGAACUGGUCAAAAAGGGAAACAAGGAAAAGGGGAAGUCGCUGUUGAUGGACUAUCUGCAGGACAAACCCGUUGGGGAUGCGUUGUCCGACGUGAUUAGUCCGUUGAAUCCCAGCUUUCGGUGUAAGGCCGUCCGGAAAGAGAAGUGCAAAGUGAUGGAUUCGAAGAUGCGUCCGCUGUGGAUUGUGUACCAGAAUUCCGACAUGAAUGGCGACGAUAUUAAUAUGAUUUUCAAGAAUGGCGACGAUCUCCGGCAGGACAUGCUGACGUUGCAGAUGCUACGAAUCAUGGAUCGAAUAUGGAAGAGUCAUGGAUAUGACUUCCGGAUGAACCCGUACAGUUGUAUCAGUACCGACCGGCGGUUAGGAAUCAUCGAGGUGGUGCUCAACGCGGAAACCAUUGCCAACAUCCAGAAGGAGCGGGGAAUGUUCUCGGCCACGUCCCCGUUCAAGAAGGGUUCGCUGCUGACGUGGCUCAAGGAGCACAACACGACGGAGGAGAUGCUCGCCAAAGCAAUACAGGAAUUUACGCUCAGCUGCGCCGGGUACUGUGUGGCGACGUACGUGCUGGGGGUGGCCGAUCGGCACUCGGACAAUAUCAUGGUGAAAAAGACUGGUCAGCUGUUCCACAUCGAUUUCGGUCACAUACUGGGGCAUUUUAAGGAGAAGUUCGGCUUCCGGCGGGAGCGGGUGCCGUUCGUGCUGACGCACGACUUUGUGUAUGUGAUCAACAACGGGCGGACCGAUCGGGAAGCGAAAGAGUUCCGCCAGUUCCAGCAUCUUUGCGAAGAGGCAUUUUUAAUCCUACGAAAGCACGGAUGUCUAAUCCUAUCACUGUUUGCCAUGAUGAUCUCGACUGGUCUGCCCGAGCUGUCCUCGGAGAAGGAUCUCAACUAUCUGCGCGAAACCUUGGUACUGGACCUACCGGAGGAGGACGCCCGAACGCACUUCAAGUCCAAAUUCAGCGAAGCCCUGGCCAACUCGUGGAAAACGUCCCUCAACUGGGCCUCGCACAACUUCUCCAAGAACAACAAACAGUGACAGUUGCGUUACAAUCUGACCAUGUAAAGCCAUCAUCCCCUGUAGCCUGUGGAAGGCUUGGCCUUCCACAGGAAUCGAGUCAAGUGGUGGACGCUUUUGAGAAUCGUCUAUCUUCAAGAAGCAUCCAGCGUCAUCAGAGAGUAGCUCUAUUUGUUUGUGCACAGCCCACGUCUCACCGUCUUUGAAAUAAAGCCAUGCAACAUCUUUGUGGUUGAUAUGGUUUGAUCGUAUUCUGGCAAGGUAAGGUUAUUUAUUCUUUUCUUAUUUCGAAAUGAACCAUUCUCAGCGGUGUGAAUGUACUUGGAUAGGGUGAGAUCCCUAUUUAGUGACACUCUUAGUUGGAAAUGCCUUUCAGUGAUGAUGAAGAUGGACAAGUGAUUCUACAACAGACAUGAUUAAGUUGGUUUGCCAUUGGCAUCUGAUAAAAGUAUAAGGAAAUCAUUUAUGAAUUGAAGACGUUCAAUCGACGUUGCAAGUCCCCUAUAAGGUAACGAAUUCGAUUCCCGAUCGGUCCAGGAACUUUUCGCGAAUGAAAUUUCCUUGACUUUCUUGAGCAAAGAGAUCUUAGUGCCUGCCACAAGAUAUACACAUUGGCAGAGGAAAGCUCUCAGUUAAUAACUGUGGAAGUUCUCAUAGAACACUAACAAGCUGAGAAGUGAGCUUUGUCCCAGUUGGAACGUUACGCAAAUUAGAAGAAUACUUUCAUUAAAAAUUUGUUAUAGAAACAUUUCUUUAAUAACUUUGUGGGGUUUUUUGAGAGUUUCAUCCGAGGUAUUUCCCAGAAGUUUUAAGGGAAUUAUUUUCGCUGUUCCUCCCGAGAUUUAUGCAAAAGCUCCUACGGAAAUCUUCUCGGAGUUUCUUCCGGAAUUUAUCCUUAAAAUACACUGGAAUUGUUUCCGGUGUUCAUCACAGAUUUUUUGCAGGAGUUCCUCCUUGGAAUUAUCCCAACGGUUUCCUACUUCCUACGGAGCUCCUACUGCGAGUUUUUCCAAAAUAACGUCUGAAGUUCUUCACGGAAUCAUCCCUAGAGUUUCUCUAUGGAUACUUCCUGGGGUAAUCUUCGGAAAGCCUUAUAAGAACUUCCAAGAGAAAUCUCGGAAGGUAUCCCCGGGAGAAACAAUUAAAUAAACCUUAGGAGAAACUCUGGUAGCAAUUCCGGGAGGAAAUGUGCUUUGAAUCUUGAGAAAACCUCUGGAGAAAUCCACGGGGGAAUUCUUGCUGAAAUCCUGAGAGUACCGUCAGAUGGGGUAACGGGCCAAAGGAUGCGUUGAGAUAACAGAAUAACAGAAUAGUUCCCUCUAAAAUUUCUCCUAAAGUUCCUCGUCAGACCUUGAGCGGAGUUACUUCCAAGAUCUUAUACGGAGCUUUUUUCUGGAGUUUUCCAAAAUAACGUCUGAUGUUCUUCACGGAAUCAUUCCUAGAGCUUCUUUCUGGAUACUUCCUGGGGUAAUAUUCGGAAAGAAUCUCAGGAGAAACAAUUAAAGAAACCCCAGGAGAAACUCUGGUAGCAAUUCCGGGAGGUAAUGUGCGUUGAAUCUUGGGAAAACCUUUGGAGAAAUUCACGGGGGAACUCUUGCUGAAAUCCUGAGAGUAACCCAGAAGAAAUCCAGAUUUCCUCAUUCUAAAAAACAAAAACACCUUCCUUGCCUUCGACGGAUCAGUUGUCGCUGGUUUUCGGCUGCUGUCCGACUGUCGCUGGGUCGUAUAGGUUUUCUUGAAUGACAAGUUGAAACGGGUGGGGCAAGAUGAAACAGCGGGUUAGUAUGACGUUUUCUAACGAUGAUAAACAAUCUUAUUGGCGUAACACAUAGUUUUUGAUUCAAACAAUCUUUUAGCGAAGGAUAAAUUUUCAAAUUGUAUUGAAUUCUAUUUCAAAAUUUCGCGUUUCAUUUUGCCCCACCCGUUUCAACUUGCCCCGAUGUACCUUACAGUAAUUAUGCAAAGCUACAAGCUAAUCAAAGUGUCCCAUUUUUUCGUAGACACACUUUUUAUGAUAGUUUUGUUGAGAAUGAUUUCAAAACUCCGCCAUCACACAGAAAAUCUACUCUGAGUUCUACUCAUGAUCUACAAAAAUUGUUGUUGAAUUACUGAAUAUUUCGAAAAUGUUAUCUCAGUGAUACAAUAUACUGGCGUCCCUUACAUAACUCAAAUUUCUGAACAGUUGGAUCACUUCAAAUCUGUCAUUAUCCACUACGCAAUGUGACAUAGUUUGCAGUUCCGCUGGUCACCGCACUAUGUUUUCAACGGGUAGGAAUCACGUCACCGUCACGUAUUGUAUCUAGUAAUAAUAAAAACCUUAAAUCAAUAAGUUCUAUAGUCACAUUUUUAGUGUACGCAACGCAUACACCAGAGAACAGCGCAGUCUCAACAAGUCUGCACAGCAGCAAAUGAAAUUCGCACCCUAAGUAGGCACUUUUCAAAUUUGUGUUUGUCUUUCAACCAACAUUUUGUUUAAGGUUUAAAUUAAAGAACACUAGUAGAAAAAAGGUUUUCGAAUGAAUCGUAAUAAUUGUCGAAGACAGCCCGGGUGGGUAUAGUGGGAAGUAAUGUUAAAUAUGUGUAUAUUUAU